AUGAGGGAUGUUUCAAGCAACUCUCUAAGUGGAUAUAUUCCUCCAUCACUUGGGGAGUUGAACAAGCUCUCAGCGUUCAAUGUGUCAACCAAUUUCUUGGUCGGACCGAUUCCAUCUGAUGGUGUUCUUGCCAAGUUUUCGAAAGACGCCUUUGUGGGAAAUCGUGGUUUGUGUGGGAAACAAGUCAAUCUGGCAUGCAAAGAUGAUGUUGGAGGCCCUACAACAUACUCCCAACCUCCCAAUUCAGCCCCCAUAAACGGCUGUGGACCAGUAGAGAAACUGACAGUGGGGACCAAGGAGAACACCAUUGUAAUAGUCCAUAAGGUCAGGUGUUCGUAUGACUGUGUGGACAACUAUUUCCACGUCCCCGUGAUGUGUGCUGUCAGGAUACAUGUUUGGUUUGUUCAGUAUGAGGGUGUUAGUGGGUGUGAAGGAUUAGAUCACCAAAACCCUAGUUUUCUUGCAUGA